AUUUACAAAAUGUCCUUGAAAGUAGUUCCAGAAAACAAGAAAUUGUCCUCGGUGAGCACUACCACCUUUGGUGUAGUCUCCGAGAACACACCAGCCUUGCAAGAUACAUUGAGGGCCCAAGAAGGACCCUUGAAUAUUGCUUCACAAUUAAAUAAUCGUCAUCCGCUUGAAGGCAGGAUUCAAAGCUGGGAAAGCACACAGCAGGAUACCAAGUUGGAAAUGUACAGACGUGUGUUUGGUGCCGGUGAACCGAUCAAGAGAUCCAUGGAAUUGAACAUCGUGGAAGCCACUGACUUCAAGCCACAAGUAUUGGGUGGUUCCGACAGUUUGCACAGAGACAUCCUUUUGAACAGGGAGGCUACGGUCGACUGGGAAGAUGUGUACAAAGGAGGCUUUGAGUCCGGCAGAAAUGUCCAGGACUUCCACUCUGAGAUGGAGAGAAAGCUUGGUAUUUAA